UAAUCAGCUGGGAACCACGCAGCUGAAUCCGAAUCUUUGGAUUUGCCCUUACCUGUUGCAUUUAAUAAAUAAUAGAUACAAUUUUUAUAUCAUGUCAUUCCUGCGAAAAUCUGUACAUCUUUUGGGUGCCGUGGCAAGGCAACAACAUCACUUAAAAUCGGUUGGAGGUGCGAUCUCUUCUGCUGCGCGAGAUUUCAGUUCGGAGCCAUCAAAUAAUUUCGGGAAUUUUCCCGGUGCCAAAGCUCCAUUUGUCAACAAAUUAAAGCUAAUUCACCCAGAGGAUUAUGCGCCGAUUCCCAUUUACCGAGUUAUGGAUCAAGAUGGCUAUAUCGCGGAUGAAACCCAGGACCCGCAGCUAAGUCGCGACGUGGUGGAGAAAAUGUUCCGCGACAUGCUCCUGCUUAACACGAUGGACAAGAUCCUGUACGAAUCCCAGCGACAGGGAAGGAUCUCCUUCUACAUGACCAAUUUUGGCGAGGAGGCAUCUCACAUUGGCAGUGCCGCCGCCCUGGAAAUGAGAGAUCUCAUCUACGGGCAAUAUCGCGAGGCUGGUGUGCUGGUUUGGCGUGGCUUCCGCAUCGAUCAGUUUAUCGACCAGUGCUAUGGCAACGUGGAUGACUUGGGUCGUGGCAAACAGAUGCCCGUGCAUUACGGUUCCAGGGAACUGAACUUUGUCACCAUCUCUAGUCCUCUUUCCACACAAAUGCCACAGGCCGUAGGAGCUGCUUAUGCCAUGAAGUUGAAGCCAGACAAUGAUGCCUGUGUGGUAUGUUAUUUCGGUGAGGGAGCUUCUUCCGAAGGAGAUGCCCAUGCCGCCUUCAACUUUGCAGCGACGUUGGGCUGUCCAGUUAUCCUGUUCUGUCGCAACAAUGGAUUUGCCAUAUCUACUCCCUCCCACGAACAAUACAAAGGUGAUGGCAUCGCAGGACGUGGUCCAAUGGGCUACGGAAUCGCGACUAUUCGAGUGGACGGUACCGAUGUCUUUGCCGUUUACAACGCCAUGAAGGAGGCCAGAGAGUAUGUGCUCAGGGAGAACAAACCGGUGGUUUUCGAAGCCCUAGCAUAUCGUGUGGGUCACCAUUCCACCUCAGACGACAGUACCGCCUAUCGCCCGGCGGAAGAGAUCGAGGUGUGGAAUAACGAAGAGCAUCCAAUCUCCAAACUAAAAAAAUAUAUGGUGCACAAGGGCUGGUUCGACGAGGCCGACGAAACCGCAUUCAUCAAGGACAUCAGAAAGCAGGUGCUUAAGCAGAUUGCCGUCUCCGAGAAGAAACUGAAACCCAAUUGGCGCGAGAUGUUCGAGGGUGUCUACGCGGAGAUGCCAGAGCAUCUUUUGGAUCAGCAGAAGCAGCUGGAGAAGCACAUUGAAGCACACAAGGACAAGUACCCCCUGAAGAACUUUCAGCAGUAGUUCCGCGUGUGCCAAAAAAGAAGCUAACAACUCAGAAAUCAAAGCGAACCGAGAGACUCGAUCGAAAGUGCAUUUAUUAUGAUUAAGCAAUAGGCAAACAAUUUUGUGUGGGUCCAACCCGUUUGUUAUGACUCAUCCGUGCAAGUUGGGUGGGUCGAUUUUGUAAAAAAUUUCGCAUUUGUCUCAGGAAGUCGAGCAUGAUCUAAAAUUGACCCACUCUGGUGCAGGUGUUAUGAAAAGGUGUUAAAAUUUAUUAGAUUUGAUUUACAUACAAUAUACAUAUACUGAAACAAUA